UACGCAGAGAAUGUUCUUUAGCUGUGGAAACCCAUUGAAGGCUCUGUUUCCAAAGAAGAACAAUGCAUGCAUAUCCCCACAUCUUCUCUUUCUAGCGAACAAAUUCGAAAUAAGUUUGACGGCAUCGAUCGCAGAACUUGUACCAAAGGAUGAUGAUGAUGAUGAUUUUCUCACUUAUUCUUGGAUGAUUGACGGAAUGCACUCUCUUUGUGAGACGCAAUUGGGUUUCACGACACUCAUGACCACCGAUGCAGACCUUCCUGUAUCCGACAUGGAAGAAAGUUUGGUUCAGAUGUACGUUGACAUCAGUUCGAAGCUGCUUGAACUCUGCGACGCCUUCACCUCAGAGCUGUACCGGCUUAACCACGGAAACAUGUUUCUCAACAUUGCUUUUAGUAAUCCUGAGGAGUUUCAUUCAUCGCAUCUCGACCGUUGGAGGCAGCACAUGGCUUCCAAGAACCCGGGCAUCGAAAACUGCCGUAAGGUUUUGAGUAGUCUUGCUGAAUCCCUGAAUCAUCAUUAUCAUAGUCUCUACAAGAAGAUGACGAAGAAGGAGAAACAAUAUGAAAAAGAAAAAGUUCUCCUGCGAGCUUUAUAUGGUGUAAUGGUCAAUACUUUAUACAUAUUCAGCGUGUUUGCUGCAGCGUUUACUCGUUCUUCCAAGAAUCUCUUGCAUUUAACCAUUCCAAAGGAGAUGGAGGAGGAGGCUCGUUGGGGACAAGCUUUCGUGGAACUGCAGAACAUGGUCAAGCCGAAGACCCGAAACACGCCCUUAUCAGAGAGAUUCGGGGUUAUAAGAGAUCUCGAGGCUGUUGAAUCUGGUGUGGAGAAGCUUUACGCAGCGGUCCAAGAAGGGUGUCCUAAUUUAUUGAUGGUGAUGGAGCCAUUGAAGCAAUCAGUGAAAGAACUUUCAGAAAGGUAUGAUCUUAUCUACAAGGCAACGCGAUGCUUGUGGGACACGGUGAUUCUUGCUCGAGACGCAUUGAGUGAGAGACUGCUGACAUAA